GUAAGUGCACCCCCACAACUGAUAUUAUUCUACGCCUUUGAAAAAUAGGAAUCCAGAAAACAAACAAGACAAAAUAAUUAAGACGAUGAAUGUGAUGACAAAUGAAACUCACUCUCCGUUCAUAGAAUUAUUAUUACGAUCUCCACAAGUCCAACUACGACCAACAUCUCUUUUGACAUUCUCUCCUCCUCUACCCAAUUUCUCAACACCUUAUAUGCAUCCAUCCACGUACAUAUAUAACACGCAAAUUCUUCCCCAACCCACAAACCAAUUUUCUCUUUCGAUCACUUUCUCUCGUCCCUUUCUUCCUAUGAAAAGAGUGUAGAAUUCUGGAGACUCAAACUUGAAGUUAUUAGGGUGGGUAGGAUUCGUUUUCGAAUUGGGUUGAUCGAGCUCGGGAAACAUGGCGAAUGUUGGGGAAGAAGAUGGUGUCGUUGAAGAAAUUAGCGAAGAAGGUGAAGGUUAUUGGAGGAGGAGGAGGAGGAGGAGGAGGAGAAGAGAAAUCUCAAGUGAAUGAAUGUUUGCUUGGGAAGUUUGAUGAGGUGGAAAGAAGUAGUUGUAAUACCCCAGUAGGGUUUUUUGCGGUGUAUGUGGGGGAAGAAAGGGAGAGAUUUGUUGUGCCGACAAGCUUUUUGUCACACCCAUUGUUCAAGAUUUUGCUUGAAAAGUCUUGCAAUGAGUUUGGAUUUCAGCAGAGGAAUGGGCUUGUGGUUCCCUGUACUGUCCCUACUUUUCAAGAGGUUGUAAAUGCUGUUGAAUGUAAUGCCAAGUUUGAUUUUGGCGAUUUAGUCGAAGAGUUUGUUUGAUUAGAUGAUAGAACUAGAGAAUCUUUUAUUUUCAUU